AUGGAUUCAACAAAAAGAAGGGGAAGUACUGAGAUGAAGACAGAUUUGUCUCUGUUGGAGGACAUGAGCCUUCAUGAUAUGGAGGAUCAUACUAUUGCUCCCACUCGGUCUAAAUUUCACGCGUUGGUUGAGGUCUCAAUCGUAGCCACAGAGAAACUUCAAAAUUUUCGAAGGUGGUUCCAAGAAAAGGCUCUCAAGAAGCCAGUCUCUGUGCCUGUUGGAAAUAAUCAAUCAAGAUUUGGAGACGAUGAUGACCACCAAGAUUGGAGUUUGGAACCGGAAUGGGAAUCCAAGAAAAAGAACCCAAUGCAAGAAAAGGUGCUCAUGAACACUGCUGUUCCUGUUCGAAAGCGAGCAAGAUUCAGAGAUCAACAACAUUUGGAGCCGCCGCCCAAUCUGCCUCAAAAAUUCAAGGAUGUGAUCAAAGAAAUGGGUGGGAGUGAUGAAUUGCUGGUGAUUCAGAAAAAGCUGUUCACAAGUGACACAAGCACGAAUGAAAACCGAUUUUCAAUACCGUUCAGGCAAAUACUGUCGAAGGAUUUCUUGACUGAAGAAGAGAAAAAGAAGCUUAGAGAAGGACAAAAAAUCAAAGCGCCACUCAUCGAUCCCGAGCUCCAAAGUCAUGAUAUAUCUUUGGUUCAGCGGAACAACCCUGAUGCGUAUGUGCUGAGGAACACUUGGAACAAUGUUCGUACGUCGAAUGAGCUCAAGAAAGAUGAUGUCUUGCAACUCUGGUCAUUCCGGGCUCGCCAACAAGCUUGUGAUGAUGCCUCUUCUUCAGGUACAAACGAAAGAGAGCUCUGUUUUGCCCUUGUGUUGAUUCAGAAAGCAAAGGAUGAAAAAGCAAUUGCAUGA